AAGAGAAGAUAAGUAACCCGAGUUCCCUUCUGGCAUUUUUGACAGGAGAACCAAGGACCUUUCUGCAACUGUUGCUUUCUGAGACAAAGAUUUCUUGAAGUUAACCUUUUAAAAUUAGAAGUUUACUAACGUCUGGGAACCACGCCACCCAUCCUUUUUUUAAUACUCUUUGGACUUCAGCAUGAGUGCAUCCCGCUGGCUGGCUUGUGCGGUGCUGUCUGCCUUCUGUGUUUUACAAGCCAGCUCUCUGGACACUUUUGUGGCGGCUGUUUACGAGCAUGCCGUGAUCCUGCCUAGUGGCACGCUAUUGCCCGUGUCUCACAGUGAGGCUCUGGCAUUAAUGAAUCGCAAUCUGGAUCUUCUGGAAGGAGCGAUCGUAGCAGCAGCCAAGCAGGGCGCACACAUUAUUGUGACUCCAGAAGACGGCAUAUAUGGUAUGCAUUUCACCAGGGAUACUAUCUACCCCUACUUGGAGGAUAUCCCGGACCCUCAAGUGAACUGGAUCCCCUGUGAUAAUGCAGACAGAUUUGGCUACACCCCGGUACAGGAGAGACUCAGCUGCCUGGCCAAGAACAACUCGAUCUAUGUUGUGGCAAACAUGGGCGACAAGAAGCCAUGCAACACUAGUGACCCUCGGUGUCCUCCUGACGGGCGUUUCCAGUACAACACUGACGUGGUGUUUGAUUCCCUGGGUAAACUGGUUGCGCGAUACCACAAGCAAAACCUUUUCAUGGGUGAAGAACAAUUCAAUGCACCUGUGGAGCCCGAGUUCGUGACUUUCAACACCCCAUUUGGAAAGUUUGGGAUCUUCACAUGCUUCGAUGUACUCUUCCAUGAUCCCGCUGUCACCCUGGUGACCAAGUUCCAGGUGGACACCAUACUGUUCCCAACAGCUUGGAUGGAUGCUCUUCCCCAUUUGGCAGCCAUUGAAUUCCACUCAGCUUGGGCUAUGGGCAUGGGGGUCAAUUUCCUCUCAGCCAAUAUACAUAAUCCCUUGAGGAGAAUGACAGGAAGUGGCAUCUACGCACCAGAUUCGCCAAGGGCCUUUCACUACGACAGGAAAACCGAGGAGGGCAAACUCCUCCUGGCGCAGCUGGAGUCCCACCCACGCCGCUCUGCGGUGAACUGGACCGCAUACGCCAGUAGUGUAGACGCACCCGCAAUGGGAAACCAGGAAUUUCAGAGCGUUGCUUUCUAUGAUGAGUUUACCUUUGUGGAGCUCAAAGGAAUCACAGGGAAUUACACGGUUUGCCAGAAUGAUCUCUGCUGUCAUCUAAGCUACCAGAUGACUGAGAAGCGAAGUGAUGAAGUCUAUGCCCUUGGGGCCUUUGAUGGGUUGCACACCGUGGAAGGGCAGUAUCAUCUGCAGAUCUGUACUCUGCUCAAAUGUAAGACCACCAGUUUACACACCUGUGGGAGUUCGGUGGACACGGCUUCAACCACGUUUGAAAUGUUCUCCCUCAGCGGCACUUUCGGGACCCAGUAUGUCUUCCCUGAGGUGUUGCUGAGUGAAGUCAAGCUUGCACCUGGGGAGUUUCAGGUGUCAAGUGAUGGGCGUUUGUUUAGCCUGAAGCCAACAUCUGGACCUCUGUUGACAGUCACUCUGUUUGGGAGGUUGUAUGGGAAGGACUGGGCAUCGAAUGCUUCCUCAGACCUCAUAACACACUCACUGAUGCUUUUAAUGCUCAUUAUGACACCUAUUAUACAUUACUUAUGCUAAUAGAAUUUUUAUGUUCUUUAUUUUAUUUGGAAUAAUUUAAAAUUGGUGGAUGAAGGAAAGACCUGUUUGUCUACAGUGGCCUCAGGUGUAAAUAAAUAGAGGGCCUUUUCUUUCUUUCUUUCUUUCUUUCUUUCUUUCUUUCUUUCUUUCUUUCUUUCUUCUCUCCCUCCCUCCCUCCCUCCCUCCCUCCCUCCCUCCCCUCUCCUCUCUCUCUCUCUCUCUCUCUCUCUCUCUCUCUCUCUUUCUUUCUUUCUUUCGAAGCAUAUGUACCCCAGAUUCAUUUCAGGACAAUUAAUAGAACUUUGAGCAUUGGUCUACCUUGGAACUGAGCUGUUAGACCAAAUGAGAGUCACACAUGUUUUAUUCAGAAGAAAUAAAAGUUACAAUUAAAAGACACGUCAGAAUAUCAUAAUAUUUAUGAGAGGUUUGAAUAUUGUUGCCUCAUUACGAUGUACAUUCUACUCAAUUAAGCUUAAGAUUUCCAAUGUGUUUGUUCAUUUAUUCUGUUAAAUACUUAUUGAAACAAUAAAUUUCCAUUCUCUUAUAGGCCAAAUCCAAA